CACCAACGCCGUCGGAUCCCAGCCAUUCAUUCCAUGCGGGCCCUCCGGAGCUCCUAACCACGUCAAUUGCAUUAAAUCCAGUCCGCCAUUUUCAAAGAAAGCCUGCUCUGGGACUUACCUGCGCUGCCGGCGCAACAAUUAGGAGCACGAUGGGCUUCACUACCGGCUUUACAGGCGGAGUGACCGUCACACUCGGUCUGGCCUAUCUCACCAUUCUCGCACACGAACGCAACCGACAGGCUCAAGGCCAAGCCCUCCGAUCUCAAGCACGCGUCCUCAAUGGCCUCUUGGAACCGGCACCCAUUUCUCCGCCGCAAAGUCGCGCAGACCUGGCACGCGAGGAACGGAGCACGUUGGUGGAAGCGGCGAAGGAUCGAUGGAACGCGGAGCUUGAAAAUGCUGUCCGCUGGGUGCAGAGGACGGAUUGGAAUGAGGUGAGGGAAGGCAUGGAGGGUGCUGUUGCGAGAUUACUAGGCGGCGGUCUCCAGAAGUCCCAGGAUGGAAUUGCGGAGGCUGAGAAGCAAGCCCGACCAAAGGUUAAGGAAGCCAUUGACCGCGCUGCUGCGGCUGCGGCUUCUGGGGCCGAGAAAGCUGAAGCCGAGGCAGUAGGGAGCGCGAGAAGGCUCUCUGAAUCUACGAAAUCGGCUGCGAGCAAGGCAAUUGCAUCCUCGAAGGAGGAGUUGGAGGUUGCGAAGUCUAGUGCUCAAGAUGCAGCCGAGUCCAUAAAGGAUGCCGUCAGCAAAGGAAUCGAGACGGGGAAAGAAGCAAUCGGCAAAGUGCAAGAAGCUGUAGGCUUGGGCAAGGAAGCGGCGCAAUCCCAGGUGCAGUCUCUUAGCAACGCGUCAGCUGUAGAGAGGGCUCUCCACGAGAGAUAUGAAAAGCCUCACGGAUUGGACAAGACGGUUGAGGAGGUUCUAGCGGAACGAUAUCAGCCUAUAGAUUCCAGGGAUAACACCGUACUGAGGGGUGUAUGAUAAAUGUCAUAUAUGUAAUUUAAGAGCUUUUUCAUUGAGUAUCAUAGAUUUCUUUUGACAGAGGGUUGACUGUUAAUCACC